GGCGCUUUCCCGUCGCGCUCACAAUCCGCCAACACCCAGACAUGUUCGUGCACAGCCCGACUUGAUGAGCAUCCUUCUCUCGUUUCUCCCUGUAUGAUCAUUUGAACAUACCACAUACCUCGAACUUGACGCAUAUCUUGCACAAGUAUGCCACCACGAUCCGACGCAAAGAAACCUUCUGGAGGAAGGCCUACUCCCAAACGGCUCUGGUCGCUAGACCAUCUCCGGAGAGACCGUAGCAGUUCAGGUUCAGGGACGGAUGAGGCGGAUAUACAGGCAGACAAGAACCCGUUUCGCGCUAGACAAGCUGAGAAGACGAUCCUAGAGCACCUUGACGACCCGUUCAUUGACCAAGCCCAAUACUCUGGCCGGGAGCUAGUUACUUCUCCUGAACUCCUAGAUGGACCUGAAUCUGUAUUCAGACUCUCGGCUUCCAAGAUCGCUCCUCCUGCUCUUGACCUUGGUAGGUCCGGCGCCGUCGCUUCCGGAGGAUUACCACCUCCAUCCCCGUCUAGGCGUCGCUGGGAAACAAUUCGACACCAUGUCAUGCCACCAGCCUCUUCUCCGCCUCCGGAUUCCUCGUCCACACCUGACCGGCCAUCUACCCCAAAGCUUGGCCUGUUCACGAACAGGAAAGCUUUCCAGAAGGUGGUAGAGACUGCUCAGACGCAGUCUCAUCUCGACAGCAGGAGGCUCUCGGACGCGCUGUGGAAGGCAUGCUGGGCUGCGCACGUACCGCAUAAACCACGUCCAGAGCGCGAGGGAACAUUAGGCGCACUCGGAAACCUGGGCAACGUCAACCUCCCCUCGAUGGGCUCCUCGUUACAUUUGCCCUUCAUGACAUCUACGACCUCUUUGCAGAUACCAGGAACCGCAACCUCCUCACUUAUCAGCUUUCCCAACAGCCUCAAGAACAACGCAAUACGACGUCCGCAGUCUACGACGUCUCUGGCUACCGCUGCCGGUCCUGUAUCCGCCGUGAGCAAACUGGUGCAAGCACUUGCGUCUACGAGUUCUGCGAAUCGGCCCCGUCAACUUCCCCACGAAUCUUUCGUUCUGUCGGCUUUGUUGAUGCCAUUUACGAAAAUUGGUCACUCCAGCCAAGAUGAAGAGCAAAGUGUUGCUGUUGAAACCUUCGAAUCCAUCCAUAGAUCAUGGGCGGCCCCUACGGUCCAGGCAGAACUAGAGCGGUGUAUCUGGUGCUGCAAAGCGGCCUCCAUCCCAUCAGCAUCCAAGAUGCGUAUCCUGGGCACGCUCUCUGCUAUCCUGUUUUCUCGAGGCCGUUCGUUUGUAGCAGAUAGUCCAAUGGUCCUUCAAACCUUGCUCCGAGCUCUCUUUUCGCUGCAAUACAACCUCAUUGCCUCUCAAUCUGCGGCGGCAGAAGUUCAAUCAAUAGCUGGAUAUAUCUCUGCCAUACAGACUGGAAGCUGCGGACAGUUGAUCCCUACGUCUGUCGAGAAGGAGUUUGGAAUACCGCUUUCGGACAAUGACAAUGAGGCCGUUGUGCGAGAAGCAGUCAUUACUGAAGGUGUAGUCUCAUGUAUUGAGACUGGCCCGGCUGAUGGUCGUCGAUGGGCUAUGCUCACGGUAGCUAACUAUUGGCCUGCUCCUGAGCCGAAUGUAAGCUUCACUCCCUUGUUGGCUUGCAUACAUUGGCGCAAGUUGAAGCGCUUCCUUUCGACUUCUCUCUUCUUGCUCUCAGAGCCCUCACAAGACAUGGGCAGAUAUGCUGAAGUAAUGAUCACUCUAAUUCGCACGCGCAUUAUGCCAGAAAUCGAUGGACUAUCUGAAGAGGAUGCGCCUGAGAUACGAAGCAAAGCCAUUCAGCUAGUUUUGGAACUUAUAUGUCUUGGUGCCGAUGACGGCGAGGAAUACCUGCUGAUGCGACUAUGCGACUGGUACCAAAAGGACAAGACGUGGAAAGGGAGCAUAGAAGCUGCCCUCGAGGAGAUUAUCGCCCAGUCGGAAUGGCUUAGUACACUGCGUGUGAUCCCCACGCUCGUCUCAGUGCUUCCUAAUGAGCUUCAAGCAUCCAUCUUGGCAUUCGUACUGCCUGCUAUGCACAAGCGUCUUGUCAAUGAUCCUCCCGAACUCCCCAACCCCGCCUUGUCUCAAUUUUUGGACAGCACCUCGCGUCUGUUCCCUAAGAUCUUCUACAAGCCAUUGUUCAUAUGUGCAGCCGCGAACAAGGAUGUCACGGUCGUGAACCAACUCUGCACCCUCAAUGCUCUGUCGAAGCUUGUCCCUGAUAUCCUCACAAGGGAUGCCGAGAUGAUGUCUGUUGCGCUGGUCAGCGAUACUGCAACCGUGUCACAAUCCACGUCUACCGAUGACGAUCGACGACGGGGCGUACCACGUAUCGGUCAGGCGGCACUUCUCAUCGAGCUCAUUGAACGCCUUCGCCAAGUACACUCCGUGAAGGACAUGGGUCUCACGGCUGCACAUGUCAAGUUUGCGUCAGCUUUGGAAGCUCGCUUAGGUAUGGCCAUCGAGGAAAAGGAAAAGAGCAUGGAUAUCGCGCUUUCCCACAGACUAUUGUUUUGUGCUUUGUUCCGUGAGAUCAGGCUGUUAACUCGAAGCUUGAAGUCCGCGACGUGGCUCUCAUCUGUCGUUGAAUGGACUCUGUACUUGGAAGAGAUGUCGCGGCUAGACGAUGCCUACCGCGAAGUCACUGACACGAUGCGCCGGUUAGAACUAGUUUAUGGCCAGGCCGAAGACAAUACACAGCGCAAUCACAAGCGCAGACCUACAGUUUUCUCGCCUCUAUCAGCUGAGAUGAAGACAGCUGAAUAUCAGGAGCCAAAGUCUGCCUCACUAGAACACUUUAGAGCCAAGAUAAAGCUGGCCUCUACAAUACCAAAGUCGGUCAAGCAGACAGCACUAGAUCUCCUGGUGGCAAUGUCCGCGAUGCUCGAAGCGGACCAUUACGAACGGCUGGGGCCAAUGUUAUGGAACGAAUGCUUGCUUGCCGUUGACGAAGUCACACCUGCGGCUGGAUGCUUUCUCUUCAUGCAGUACGCUGAGAAGAGGCCGAUUGAUUGUGCGAAGCUCAUGAAAGAUGCAAUGAUAAGUCCUGAUCCUGUGAAGCGACGUACCGCCUUGGAGAAGUUUGCUGUCCUUUCGACCUGGCGCUACCAAAUUCUCUCUCAAGAGGUCGUCCUUGACCGAAAUCACCGCCGCCCGUUCAAGCUGCAGCGUCCACCUGUACUCUUUGUCGCGACUGAUAUUGGGUCCAGCCUUUUCAUUUACGAGGACGAUAAUGAGGAGUACCGAGACAUACACGGACAUGUCAUGCCUCUCGAGCUGCGAAGACGUCUCUCUGAGAUUGGAUGGGCUCAGGAAGAUCGUCCGAUCGACCCGCGGAUGCAGCGCAUCAAGACUCCGAUGACUCUCCUACCCAGUCAACAAUUUGAACGGCUUGACUCCACGUCGCAAGAGGGUGUUACAAGCUCCGAGUCUCACUCGCAUGAUGUUAGCCCCGAGCCUUCCCCCAAGUCAUCGCCGGCGAGCAGUCCGAUCAGUAGGAGAGACUCCAACGCGAGUACGAGGCAAAGCACGAGGCGACGCCCUGUUUUUGUGCCAACAUUGGUCGCAUUGUUUCCGCGGAUAUCUGUGAUGCUCGCAGACGAGGACUUCGUGGUAGCGAACCUCGCACGGGACAUCCUCAUGGACUUCAUGCGGGAUGAUCCUACCCUCGUCGCACGAGAAGUUUUUCAGAUUAUCUCAGGCAACGAUCAAGACGUUUCCACCGCUAUCUCGACCCUUAGGGCCUUCUUGCAUAUCCGGAAUGUAUUGCCUCCCGCCAUGUCACACUAUAUCUUCAACCAUGUUACCGGAUUUCUGAAGACGUCCGUGAAGCAGAUAGGCUCGGCGGAUCCCUUGCGAGCGUUCGCGUACGCAGUGCCUAUCCUGGCAAAGCUCGUUACUCAAGUCUCGAAGUUGUCUAUUCGCGAGGUUCGUCGUGCAAAAGUCGAUCCGUUCAUGAUGCCGACCGGUUCCCUCUGGUUCCUCCCAAACGCCCCCGUCACUUCUCUGUUUCCCAAAUCUCUGGAAGCGAGUGGCAUGCACCCAUUUUCGGAAGUCCCUCCCAAUCUCGUCUGGAUCACCAUGAUCCGGACGUCCCAGAAUAUGCUUUUCCUGAGCAUGCUAAAGCGCAACCCCCAAGAUAUCAAGACUAUUCGGAAGAAUAUGUCUGACUUCGAACUUCCAGCUCUUAAUCCUGACGGUAUCGCGCCGACUCUGUCGCUGCAAGAUAUGUUCCCUCACCGACGACGUCUUCAACGAGGCCCGCGCUCGAAAGCGCAAAUUACGCUCACGUCUCUUUCGCUAACGUUGUCGCGGAGCUAUUUGCUAUUGCUCGAGCAGGUAUUCCAGUGCAUGUCUCGCCACCUAAGCGAUCGAGAGGAACUCGCUCUAUUUAUUGGCGGUCUCGUACGAAUUUUGCUCGUCCAUGGCGACGACAUAGGAAUCGCACGUUAUGACUGUCUACUUCUCAUCUGUCAUGCUUACAUCCUGUAUUUAGCCCUGAUGACGGCAGCAACUCGCUUUAAGCGGCUGUUUAUCUCGGGUGGCGGGUACACGCUGUUCAUGCCUGCCGUGUUCAAAACUUUUGUCGAGGCGGAGGAACAUCCUAACAUUAGGCGUGCUAUACUGUAUGCCACUAACCGCUUCUAUGCCCUGCACCAAGAGUCGUUCAUAUUCCAGUCUUUCGAUGCUAUUGCGCCGAUUCUUGCGGUUCCGGAAGUCGACGGAGAGUGGGUCGCUCCAAGCAUAUUCGGACUGUUCUCGAGCCUCAAGAACGGCUUCGCCCCUGGCACCCCAGACGCUGCUGGCAUCCAUGAUAUGAAUCGGGCACAGGAACGGGAGGCUUUGAUCAUGACAAUAGCGGAAGAAGUGCCCCAAACCUUUAUGGCCUCCAUCAAGCGCAGUGCCGCCAAGGAUGAUAAAUCGCUCGCAAUGACCAUUCCGGAAGAAUACGAAGGAAAGCGGCUGAAGUUGGACGACCUCAUUAAGCUCUUCCUGACGGUCAUCGCACAUAACCCUGCCAGUCCACGCGCCGAAUAUUUUCUGCGGUCCCUUCGACUGCUCACGCCUCACAUGCACGACACGACAAGAUCUGUGCAGACUGUCCUGCGUGGAGGCAUUCUCGCUUUGGGUAGUAUUCUAUCGAACAAGGUGCUCACUAGGCAGCCCAAAGAGGCCUCAAAGGAGAAGUCAGUAGACGAAGCCAAGUAUGAGGCUCUUGCGGAUGCGGCCCCUUCCAAGAUUGGUGACGGUCAAGCUUCCGGCCAAAGCGACUUCCUGGCUAUGCGCCUGGAAUAUCUUCUAUUGGUUACUGCCUUUACCAAAGCAGGUGGUCAUAUUGGCAAUCCCCAAUCACUCACCUCUCGCGUCUUGGAGAUCAUCAAGAUUGUUCUUCGGGAUUCGAAGACCAGCGGCGAGAAGGUCUCAUUAUUCCUCGCCAAUUUCGUCCACUCAGCACUGAUGCGCAAGAACGCGCCAAGCCUAAAAGAAGCUACAGCAAUUGUUGAAGCAUUUGUACCCUUGACAAGUUCGUAUAUGGCUGCGUCCGUGGACUUCUCUAGGCUGUACACAGUUCUCUCCGAGCUCAUGGACAAUCCGGUUCUCGGUUGUGACUUGGGGUUCUCCAAGCUCAUCGUCUCACAGUUCUGUCGUCUCGGCCUGGACGCAUGUGAGGCUGCAGCGUCGGAGGACUUUCUGUUCACCUUUCCCCUUCGCGAAGCUCUCGUGAAGCUUCUUGUGAGUUCUGUCGCCAAUUGCGGUUCUGAAGUCAUGUCGGAGCUCGAGAAACAGCCUCUCAGCCAUAACUUCCUAGCGGGCAUCAUCUUACCGAUGGCAUUAAUGCUGAAGACGUCAACGGAUAUCAUGGAGCGGGGCCAGUGGAAGGACAGCUGGCAACGCGAUGCCUAUUCCAAAGUCUGGUUGCGCCUUCUGGCUCUCGUACUCGGGGUGCUCAAGGGUGACCAGAUGGUGGCAGACCCCGCAGCAGCCGCAGCAGAUCGUCGCAAGUCAUCUGGCGACCCGGCCUCAAAAGCGCAGUCCUUUGCUUCUGUUAAAGCGUUCAGCAUUGCGUUGCAGGUUCUCAAGAUUAUCGUCGUACGUGCACAAGACGACAUAUCAGUAGCGUUCCCUGGGGUCUGGAUCCAUGUUGCGGGCGUACUGAAGACUGUACUGGAGAACGGCAAUGCGAUGUUUGCGUUCAGCUUCCGCGACAUUUCGGAGCCACCAUCACCGGCAUUCUCUCCGCGUAUCGGCUCCUUUGAGCGGCAGCAACCAUUUUCCACGUUUGCCUCCAGUAACUCAAUACACUCGCGAAGACGCUUAUCCCCCCCGCGGAUGAUUGACUAUCUUACCUGGUCAUUCGUCCAAUGGCUCUGGCUCAGACGUAGCCCUCUCAUGCUGCAGAUGCGCAUCUUUAUUCAGGAACGCGUGGCGAACCUAUCAAACGAACUGCGACAGCAGGGCUCGCAAUCUAUCAGUGCGGUAACCAGCACGAGCCGCCGUAGCCAACGCUACUCAACAAUUUUCUCUAAGCCCCGUAAAAGCAUGCUCGGCGGCUACAGUCCAUCCAAUUCAGCCACAUCAACGCCGCGCGCGUCGGCUCUUCUUCAAGGCUCUGUCUCGCUGCCUGUUUUCAGUGACUUCACCUCACCCAAGCUUACGGCUUCGCAUAGUCUGGACCCUUCGCGACAGGCAGGGUAUGCCCGCAUGCCCAGUCCCAUUUCUCCCUCCGGACGUACCUCCCAAGACUCCCUCGGCCCCAAGAUCGUGCAUCUUGGCCCGGUCAACCCAUAUACGGCGCCAGGUGUGCCGCGGCCCUCAUUCGACGUCCGCCCCGACACCAGCAGCACAUCACUACUCGCGAAGGAGAUGAUAGUGCGCUCUCCUGGUCUUGUCAUGAUGACCUACCGCCGCAUCCGGCUCGUCCAGAAGCUCAUGGGCUACUCGGAGCUCUUACCGAUGGGUGGCUCGCAAUUCUACGCGAGCAUUGAAGAAGCUGAGGGCGACCUAGACGCGGAUAUUCGCGUGUGGAGCCAGAGGGACGCUAUCGACGCGGUUGUCGAGGAGACGAGGGAGCUGCUGGAUGAGUUCAGGGAGAGCUUCGGGGAUGUUGGGGAUGAGAGUUUGGUCAUGGUGGACUCACAGCUAACAUUAAUUCAGGACCAGAUGUAGAGCGUGUUAGAAGACAUGAUUAACUGAAACGCUUAGCUAGCCUGUACGAUAUACAGAUCGAGGGAGGCGAUUAAUGUUAUAUUAUAAGCUAUUUGUAAGCCCACCCAACGAGC